CCCAAGGUAGUGUUGUGGGUCAAUCGUGGAGUUUUUUUCUCGUUAAAAAAAUCGCGAAAAAAUGCCAAAAAUCACUGAAACUGCCCCAAAAUACAAUCCCACGAACCGUUCCUAAACCAUUCGGUUGUCUCACAUACGAAAUUGCGCACUUUUUCGUUUCUUCCAAGUGUUUUUUUUGCAUACGUGCACUCCAGUGUGUCAAUGAUGGCGGCUUGACAUUUCUCUGCACCGUCAACAAAACACGCGAAUUGGUCGAAAAGUUAUGAAAUUCGUCGAUUUUGAGUGAUUUAGUUCACGUGAAGCCCCAAAAAUGGCAACGGACUCGAACCAAAGAUGUCCCAAAAUUAUGGUCUUUAGGCCAACUUGGGACGAAUUUAAGGACUUUUCUCAGUACGUACAACACAUGGAGUCGAAAGGGGCACACAAAGCCGGCUUGGCAAAAGUGAUUCCGCCCCCUGAAUGGGUCCCCCGAAAAUCCGGCUAUGCUAUCGACACACUCGACGUUACAAUUCCAGCCCCUAUUUGUCAAGUCGUCACCGGAAAACAAGGUCUGUACCAACAAAUCAACAUCCAGAAAAAAUCCAUGACCGUCCAACAAUACUGUGAAUUGGCCAAUUCCGAACGUUAUGCCACACCCAGACACUUUGAUUAUGAAGACUUGGAACGAAAAUACUGGAAAAAUAUCACCUACGUCGCCCCUAUUUACGGUGCUGAUGUCUCUGGUAGUCUCACCGAUGAUACAGUCAAUGAAUGGAACAUAAAUCGUCUAGGGACAAUCCUCGAUUAUGUCAAUGAAGAUUACGGAAUUUCAAUAGAAGGAGUCAAUACGGCAUAUUUGUAUUUCGGGAUGUGGAAAACAACAUUUGCGUGGCAUACAGAAGACAUGGAUUUGUACUCAAUCAAUUAUUUGCAUUUUGGGGCACCCAAAACUUGGUAUUCGAUACCACCAGAACAUGGCCGAAGAUUGGAACGACUGGCAAAUGGUUUUUUCCCCAGUAGUUACAAGACAUGUCAGGCCUUCUUAAGGCAUAAGAUGACACUAAUUUCGCCCCAAAUUCUAAAGCAGUACUCAAUUCCGUACAACAAAAUCACGCAAGAGGCCGGCGAGAUUAUGAUCACGUUUCCUUACGGAUAUCAUGCCGGUUUUAAUCAUGGCUUUAAUUGUGCCGAAUCGACAAACUUCGCCUGCGAACGUUGGAUCGAAUACGGCAAAAGGGCCUCUCAGUGCACUUGCAGUAAAGACAUGGUAAAAAUCUCGAUGGACACCUUCGUCAAACGCUUCCAAUCCGAUCGUUAUGAAAUGUGGUUGAAAGGUGAAGACAUCGGUCCACAUCCUGAAGAACCAAACAAACAAGUCGCCGCACCUUUGCCUCUCCCUCAAGACAUCCUUUGUAAUAAAAAUAAUGAUUCUUUGCCGGCAGGACUGAUCGAAGGUCAAUUGAAGAAGGCCAAAAAGGCUGGCAGGAUGAUGAAUUAUACUCAGGAUUAUUCUAUGGUUGAUUUUCCGGCCGAAUUGCAACUCCAGUUGAUGGAAGAGGACGACAUGGGAUACGUGAAUGGGGAGUUUCCUCCCGAUGAACAACAAUUGGAAGUUUUGGAGGAUAUUUGGCUGAAAGCUGGUGAAAUCGAAGCCGAAGACGCGUCAAUCUGUGAUGCCGGUUAUCGUGUCAAUAAUCGUAGAAAAUUCCUAUCGAAAAAACGCAAACCGAAAGAACCACGUCCACGAGGUCGUCCUCCCAAAAAGCGUACUAAGGAUGGCGAAGAAGAAUCGGAAUCAAAUGAAUUAACCGGAAUUUACACCCCUUGUAACAGCCAAAGUAAGAAAGUCUGUGGACAAAUUGUUGCACCUGUUGACACUUCUGAACUUGUUAAAUCUCUCGUCGCCCAAGAAACCAAUAAACUACUCCACCAUAAAAAACACAAACAUAAACACGAUAAACACAAGCAUAAGAAAUGCAAACAUAAUAAAUCGUCGACACAGACCAGUCCUGAUACGUCAAACAGCGAAGUUAAGAAGGAAAUCGACGAUAUUAUACGAAAAGCACACGAGGAGCAUGAACAAACAAUUAUGCAGGAACACACAGGGCCCCCUCAAGAAACACCACCGAAAAGCAGUCUUUUGAAUGAAUUGAAAGCUUUUCGAAAAGUCAAAGAUUCAAGUGAACAGUUCCGAAUGGAACAGAAAGUACAAACGAUUCAUACGUCGAAAGGGACUCUAACAGUGCUCGAAUCACGACCGGUAGUUCCCCCGCCUGAAAUUAAACCAGUCGAACGUAAAUCACUCUACGAGGAUGCUUUUCUCAAUUUUCUUACGACGAAAAAUAACGAUAAACAAAAGAAGAAUCCUGUACCAACACCACCACCACCACCACCGUCAGUAGUACCUGAUUUAGCCAGCAGUUCGAUGCCGAAUUUGACCGAACCCGAGCCGGUUAUUGUCGAACGUAGUGACCAAAUGCCGAAAUUGGAUCCAGUACCUGUCGAAGAAGCCCCCACCGUGCAAGUAAGUCCGAAUCCAGUGCCUCCAACAUACACACCUCAAGGGUAUUACCAGCGUAAGCCGAAUCUGAUUUGGAGUAACCACAAGUAUUACACUGUGAAUCAUUGUACGACUACGUAUUUGAACGAAGACAGAUUUUAUCCAAUGACGAACAGUGCUAUAAAACUCGAUGAACCGAUCGUACUUUUGGAUAAAACGAUCGACUUUGAGAAAAGUCCUUCCGAAAGUUCCGAUUCGGAUUCGGAGUGUUCAUGCGAAACGUGUUCGUGUAGCGAAUGCGACGAUUCGGAACCAAAUACCGAAAUGAAUGAAAAUUCAUCAAACAGUAUUAACAUACAAGAGGUUCCGGAAACUAACAUAGUACAGAAGAGAAAUCGACCGACGAAAAAAUUAAGUUUAGAACGAUUAAAACAGAUAACUCAACAUGUUUUGGGAAUGAAAAACGGAGAAAAGUUCUAUAAUAAUAAAAUUGAAGCUUUGAAAAAAUUGUUAUUAGCUAGAAGACGUGGAAGGCCACCUAAGAAACCACUCUCAUUGACCCAACUUUUAGAAGAAGUUGGUAAAAAGUGGUCGAGGAAUAAUAACAACACAAUGACGGAUUUCCAUUCGUACAAUAAGAAAAUUUUAGACAAAAUCGCCAAACUGACCCCACUAGAACCAAAAGUCAAAUUAGUCGAUGUCUUAAAUAAUUUUACUAAUGAUGUACAAAAUUAUCUCAAAUCAGGGUUACCACUUUUGAAUGUUAGUUCAUUGUCAUUGGAUGGGAAAAAACCGGCUCGGGAUGAAACCAAUGAUGAGUUUCCGAUUAAAUUGAAAGAUUUAGUUUGGGCCAAACACCGUAAUGGUCGAUUUUAUAAAGCAACAGUUAUUGAUAUAAAAAUAGUGACUUAUUUUUGUGUUUAUUUCCCGUUUGAUCAAAGUUUCUGCAAAGACGCUGUUUUGUCGGAUUUGGUUGAUUGGGAUGCGGGGAAAAUACCGGUUGUAGGUCAAAAAUUGCGAGUCAGGUGGAAAGAUCGCACAAUUUAUGACGCUGAAUAUUUAGGAGAAAGCAACUGUAGCAUAUUUACGGUUUUGUUCGAGGACGAGUCUCGUUUAGAAUUAAAAAGGGACUCAAUUUUCGCAAUGUGUGAGUCCAUUCCGAAGAAAAUUGCAAUCAAAUUUUCUUAUGCUAGUGAGAUGAGGAAUAGGGAACAUUUGUAUGAGCUCGAAAGGCAACUGCCUGAGAAGAGACUGGUUAAAAAGAAAUUCUUUAAUUCAAAAGUUUGGAUGUAAAAUGUGUCGGUUAGGCAACCAAAUAUACCCGAGCGAGAGGCGGUGGUCCGAACAUUUUAUACCCUACUACUGAGUUUUUUAGAUUUUAUUAGUUUUGUUGUGAAGACUGAAUCAAUGUGUUGAAGCAUCAUUAAUUGAAGUAUUUUAAUUAUUUUUAUUUCAUUUAUUAUUGUGAUUGAUUUAAUUGUCUACGUAAGGUCGAUAGGCUUUAUCAUUAAUUUUAAGUGUGAUACAUACUUUGUAUUUAUUUAACGAAUACAUGUACAUAAGACGUUCUUUUAUCCUCUUUAGAUUUUUUUUUGAAACACUGUAAUAUAGGAGUAGUUGCAUAAGAGUGUUGAAUAAAAUUUCUUCACGUUUA